GGACGGUUUUGGUAAAUAUUUCACAUCCUUCUUCACAGCAGUGCUGUAUAGACUCGGGCUAAACACUGUAAACAUGUUCCUGGGAGGGAGAGGGAGAGUAGGAAUCUAGGGCACUGUUAUCUGGCCUCUUUUCUUCGAGCAGAAGCAGAGAUCUGUGGAUGGAGAGAGCUGGAGAGAGAGAGAGGAGACGUUUCCUGCUUUAUUGAGGCUGCUGGAGAAGACUAAUUCUUAAUACUGCUUUCUAGGAGCUAGACAAUCUCACAGGGACCUUUACUAUAAUACACAACAACACCCACACACUUCAUACACUCUCAGCACCAUGUUGGAGGAGAAGAAGACCAAGGUGAAGAUCAUGUUCUUCGUCAUCCUGGUGGGCAUCUCCUGCAUGCUGGCUGCCAUGGUAACGGACCACUGGACUGUACUGAGCCCGCCGUUCGACAAGUUCAACACCACCUGUGAGACGGCCCACUUUGGCCUCUGGAAGCUCUGCAUGAAGACCGUCUUCAUGGUGGAGGAGGACCCAGAGGGCCAGGGCUGUGGCCCCAUCAGUCUGCCCGGAGCCAAGAACUGCUCCUACUUCAAACACUUCACUAAGGAAGAAGAGGCCAAAGGGUUCGAAGCCAAAACUCAGAAAGAGUACAACCUCUCAGCUGCGGCCAUCGCUGUGUUCAGCCUGGCCUUCAUGACCCUGGGGUCGCUCUGUGUCGUGUGCUCCUUCGGGAAGGGGAGGGACUACCUACUGAGGCCUGCUGGGAUGUUCUUUGCCUUCGCAGGUCUCUGCAUCAUCAUCUCUGUUGAGGUGAUGCGGAACUCCACCAAGCGGAUGAUUGACAGCGAGGAGACCGUCUGGGAACAGUACUACUACUCCUGGUCAUUUGAAUGUGCCUGCACCUCCUUCGUCCUCCUGGUCUUCAGUGGCCUCAGCCUGUUGAUCAUCUCCAUGCCCCAGAUGCCACGCAACCCCUGGGAGACCUGUAUGGACGCGGAGCCAGACUCCAUGGAGCCCUUAGACUAGUAGUAGUAGAUCAGAUUAGACCUGACCAGAUCAACCCCUGGGAGACCUGUAUGGGCGCAGAGCCAGACUCCAUGGAGCCCUUAGACUAGUAGUAGUAGAUCAGAUUAGACCUGACCAGAUCAACCCCUGGGAGACCUGUAUGGACGCAGAGCCAGACUCCAUGGAGCCUUUAGACUAGUAGUAGUAGAUCAGAUUAGACCUGACCAGAUCAACCCCUGGGAGACCUGUAUGGACGCAGAGCCAGAAUCCAUGGAGCCUUCAGACUAGUAGUAGUAGAUCAGAUUAGACCUGCCCAGAUCAACCCCUGGGAGACCUGUAUGGACACAGAGCCAGACUCCAUGGAGCCCUUAGACUAGUAGUAUAGAUCAGAUUAGACCUGACCAGAUCAACCCCUGGGAGACCUGUAUGGACGCAGAGCCAGACUCCAUGGAGCCCUUAGACUAGUAGUAGUAGAUCAGAUUAGACCUGCCCAGAUCAACCCCUGGGAGACCUGUAUGGACACAGAGCCAGACUCCAUGGAGCCCUUAGACUAGUAGUAGACUCCAUUAGAACAGACCAGAUCAGAAAAGAUUGAAACAGAACUGACCAGACCAGACUAGUCUAGACCAGGGGAAUCUUCAACAAAGGCUGCCAAAAACAUACAUGUUUUUAUAGAAUCCAACUGAAGAUAAACUAAAUUGAGGCUGGUGGUGGGGGCAACAGAGUUAAGGAUACAGAAGAAUGAGAGUGGGGCACCCCGCCUAAGUAAGGGUAGAAGGGGAAACACUGCACUACACUGCUUGGUUUUAAGUGUACAGAUAAAGAUGUAAGGCAGGAUCUUUGAGCAGUCCCCGAGGGCCACAGAUUUACCUUUCUUUGGUCCUUAACUGAUACAUUUCUGCCAUUGAUUGCAGAGAGUGUCCGCUCUCCUGGUCCAUAUCAUCCGUUACUAAGCAACAGACACUGUGGCAUUUGAGGACUGCCCUGAUAUAGGGUGCGUUAGUAAAUUCACCAUGGCAACUUACUUCGAUUUCAGACCCCUCUAGUUGGAGAGUGCCAGAGCGCAGAAUAAUUAAUGAAUUUACGAACUGCCUAAACUCGGUUGUUAUGACAGAUGUAAGUAAACAUCAGCUAAGAAACAGAAUUACAUUGUUGCCAGUAACGCAGUUAGAGUCACUAACCCUCUUGAUAACAUGAAAACACUCUAGCACUUCUACCAGCUCUGCAAGGGUGAGUAACAUGUUCAGAGAGGUGCUCUCUCAUUUGUGUCUGGAAGUAGCUAGCAAGCAAGUUAAACAAGUUUAGCCAGUUGGCUUGGGUGCUUGACUACCGAGUAUAGUCCGAAUGCUCAGAUCAACCCUACACCUCAGCCAGAGUGUCCAGCGUGAGCUCUGAACGCUCCGAGAGCCAAACGCUCUGAAUUUUCGAACACUCAAACCGAGUGCACUCUGACACUCUAAAGUGAAUUUACAAACGCACCUAUAAUGUACAGUAUUAAAAUGUAGCUGUUGCUAUAAAGUGACCACAGAGACAGAAAGAGCUAAAGAACAUGGCAACAUAGUGAGCUGCUACUCUGUGUAAUUAAUAUAGUUUGAGCUGUCUUGUACACUUCUAAUAUACAUUUCUGCUCUAGCGUUCUACAUUUUUGUAAUGAAAUAAGUUAAUGCUUUAAUGAACGUUGCAUUGUAAAUUUUCACCCCUCCAGGCAGCUACAAACAAUGUUUAUUUAUUUAACAUGUAUCAAUGGAUUAAACCAUAUUGAAGCUCCAGUGCAAUGCCUAUACACGGAUCUACUGUAUUAGUUAGGGAGCUAUACUGCUGUUUGUGUUUACAGAGGACACGUAGAAUGUACAGCGUGUAUACAGUACCUGUAUGUUUUAAACAUGGGCCUAUGAAGAUGAUAGAUAUUAUGUUGUUUUUUGUUCAAUAGUAGCUUCAUCAAACAAUCCAUUGCAAUCUAGCUUGAACACAAAACA